GUCCGAACUCGCUCAGACUGCGCCAUAGAGAGGCGGUAAUAAGUGACACUCGCCAAACCUUGAAGGCUACAAUAACAACAGACGCUAUUCCAAUCUACAGCUCCAUCGUGUAGUACUGGUCCCACCGAGUACCACCACUGAUACGCUCACCACACUCGUUGCCGCAAUCUCCUGCGUACACACAACAACCGGCCCGGGGAAAGAGGAGGCCAAUACACUACGAUCUCUUGAAGCAGGGGAUCUGCAUCGGCUCAAUGCAAUGAUCUCGCAAAUACCUCUCCAUGAACUCGACCCUAGAUGAGGGCGAGAACUUGCUUCGCAACGGCGACGAGGCUGAGCAGAGCAGCCAUUUCGUCCCGAACAGCGCCGACCAUACGGACAACGAUGCGCCAGAGAUUGAGCCCUCAACACAUAAUGAGUUGAACCCAACGCCUGGCCGGGCGCCGGUGCAACAGUCCGGCGAAGAGCUCGAUGAUGAAACUCACGGGUCUGGAAAUGAGUCGGAUGUGCCGGGGGUUACAGGAGCAGAUGUCGUCGUUCCGUCCAGUCCUAGCGACAAUGUCCUUGCCAUCGACGAGCCGCCUUCGACUCCGGAUGGUGUUUUGUCUGUGCAAGGCUCCGCGCCUUCAUCACCGAGGAGUGAGACUCCCUCUCUCCGUAGUCCAGCCCGGAGAGGAAGUCCAUCUAAUGCCCAUCGGCCCUUUGACGCCCGAUUCCAGUCUCGUCUGUCCAGCGCCCAGUUCUCGCCUCUGCGAUCGAGCUCCCCAGCGUUCUUGGGCGCCCAUUCUCGUCACUCCUCCGUCGCCAGUUUUGGACUGCAUACUCCCUCCGAGCCUGAUGAAUCCACCAAUCCCUGGGAUGUGAUGAGAUGGAGCAAGUUCAAGAGAAUCACAGGACAAGCUUUCUCCGAGAUUGGACGGAGGAACUUUGGAAGUCCGACUUGUUUGGCGGUUGCUGACCAGCUAGUCAUUGGGACAUCCAAAGGGCUUGUACUUGUGUUCGAUCACCAUCAAAACCACAAGGCGAUCAUCGGGAGCGGCACGAAGGCUGCGGAGAGCGGAGCAGUAUCAUCUCUUGCAAUAUCCGCCGAUCAUACUACCAUUGCAGUUGGUCAUGCUACUGGACAUAUUUUCACCUGGGAAAUGGCCAAGCCCUCCAGGCCCUUUCUGCAUAUCCAGCCGAUCGAUGUCUCCCAAGCACAAGCUCGGCGCGCCGAUGGGCAUAUAACCGGGAGUGCGGUGGUUCAUAUCGGCUUUCUCGGCUAUCGCCAUACCGCACUUGUGUCGGCCGACGACAAAGGCCUGGCGUUUUCCCAUCUAGCCACGCGUGGAAUGGGUGCAGUUGGCCGCGUGGUCCGUACAUCUCGGAUCCUAGGACGAUACCCCGAAGUGGUGUCACGAGCAUCCAAGCCUCUGAAGAAAAGUUCAGUCCUCGCUUUUUCCCCCUUGCCGCUGGGAAACAUCGAGCAGAGGACUGAUGGGCUCGGGCUUGUGGCGAUGCUUACUCCGUACCUUCUGGUUAUUGUCUCCACGACGCCAGUGGCCCAGACACAGCACAAAGCUGCCCGCCCCAAAGAGGUCGCCGCGCACAGUGCCAUGACUGCGGCUCUUGCUUGGUUUCCCGCGAUCAAAUUGAAGACGCAAGGUUCCGAGGUCCUCAAGACGAAGCUUGUUUACGCUUGGUCGAACAUUCUCACUGUCCUCGAAGUUCAUGAAGCUCCGACGGAAGACGAGGCCGACAAGGACAAGCCUCCCGAACUACAAUUUCUCGCAAGGAGCCGUUAUGAAGCGGACGAAGCCAUUGUUGCUGUUCAAUGGCUAAACAGAUCAAUAAUGGCAGUUCUCACGAUCACCCAACAACUACUCAUCAUCGAGGACCUCACCAUGCGCGUGACAGAUGCUUUCGACCUGCUCGGAAAGAACAUAUACCAUGCGGAUCUCUAUUCGCAACAGUUGAGGGCCAUCAUCGAGAAUCUUGACGAAGAAGACGCGUCGAUGCAUGGUGUAGUAGCCGAUGCGUUCCACAUGAGCUUUCGCGCAUACAAGGGGCGGCUCUUUCUCUUGGGAUUCAAUGACGUCUGGACUGGCGCCUUGACUAACUGGGCCGACCGUCUUUUGGCGUUGAUAAACAUCGGUGACUUUAUUGGUGCCAUACGGCUGGCAACCAAGUACUACCAAGGCGAAGGGGAAAAGGCGACUAUCGGGCUCCCGGAGGACGAUAAACUCCGCUCGGCCCUCGUUCGAGAAAAGCUCGUCGAAAUGAUGACAGCUUCGCUGAGAUAUGCAUUUGGGAAGAACCAGCAAGCAGGGAAUGAGCUUAUCGAGAAACCACAGAUGAUUGAACUCGCGGACGCUUGUAUCAAGGCGUGCCUUGUAAUGGAGGAUCAGGAUUUCUUGUUUGAGGAAGUCUUUGCAUGGUACGAAGAUCAUGACCAUGGGCCCUUGUUUGUGGAUGUUCUCGAACCGUACAUCCUGGAUCAACGAAUUGUCUCCAUUCCUCCUCCAGCAUUGAAGACGUUGAUCAACCACUUCAUAAUGACACAUACUCCAUCCUCGCUGGAAGAGAUCAUAUGUAUGCUCGACACCUCCACCAUGGAUAUCGACCAAGUCACCACACUGUGCAAAAAGUACAAUCUCUACGAUGCCUACAUCUACGUGUGGACCAUGGCAUUACGCGACUUUGUCACUCCGUUGGAGCUGCUACUUGAUCUUGCCACUGCUGAAAGGCCCGAAACGGAGCGGUCUACCGCCGUUGUGGAUGGAUCCAGGACUGCGGAGAAGAUCUUUCCAUAUAUCUCCUAUAUUCUAACUAGUCGGGUAUAUCCAACGGGCGCAUUCAUGGACGAGGGGGAAUCCGUUCAAGCAAAGAGCCAGAUCUACGAUUUCUUCUUCUCCGGGACGGAUGAGUUGAGAGGUCCAACACGAGCAACAGCAGGCUCUUUCGAAAAUCUCAAUCGGAUAUUGCAUUUUGAUGCCACAAACUUCAUUGCGGCGAUGAACGAAGCGUUCGAAGACAGCUUCCUGAAUACAGCUGAUGACGAUGCACUCGACAGUUCUGGUCCAACGCGCACCUAUACCCGCCAAUACAUUGUCCGAAUACUGCUGGAGGUCAUGUCCUCAGGAUUCGAUGCGGACGACACCAUCUACCUCGACAUGUUCAUCGCACGGAACUUGGCCAAAUACCCCCAAUAUCUGAUACUUUCUGGUACCGUUCUUCAAGAAAUUUUCCAGAGGCUAUGCCAAUACCCAGAUGAUGACAUGCGCGAUGACGCCCAGCUCAGUCUGGAGUACCUGUUGUCAACGUACCAGCCACCAAAUCUGCUUGACCUUGUUCCGCUAUUGCGAAACGCCAAGUUCUACCGUGUCCUCAAGUCUGUGUUCAAGCAAGAAUCUCGAUAUCCCGACCUGAUUCGUACAUACUUUCUCGACGAUGAAGACCGAGACGGUGUCUUUGCCACCAUUAUCGAUUGUCUACGGCCAGGCCUGCCAUCAGCCGAGCAACAGCGGGCCGAAAUCAGGAAAACCGUAGAGGAUCACGCCAUGGAUUUGAUCAAACUCGAUAUUCACAGGACGGCGGCCACCAUUGACCAAGCUGCACCCGAUAUGCAUCCCAAGUUUAUCCAGGUGCUAAGUGAUGAUCCAUUCGGUCAAUAUGAAUAUCUUCAUGAGCUCCUGGAACCUGAAGAUCACUAUCGGCCGAGGGGUCAUUACAAUAACGAGAUGUCAGAGCUGUAUGUACGACUGAUGUGCGAGUUCAAUCCGUCUCGUGUCAACGAAUUUGUCGACAACGUCAAGGAAGGUGACAUAAGGCUUGGAGAAGUACUGCCAACCAUCGAAGAGCGCGGAAUCAUUGACGCCGUGGUCAUCCUCCAAGCUCGACAAGGGCAGGUGAAAGAAGCCAUGGACCGGCUGGUGAGGCACCUAUCGUUUCUAGGAUCUACCCUAAAAUCUAUCGCCACAGACUAUUGUGAUGGGUCGGACAAUGAAUCCAUCCGACACCCUGGACAGGACGUCCUUGAAGCGGUGGACAAAUAUGCACGGGUUGGGAUAUGGCUGUGUCAAGGACAGAUGAAGAACAUCUCCAAAGCGAAUCCUGUUUCCAAGUCUCCCAGACGAGGCAACAACAACUCUGCUCUAACCUUCCAGGAGACACUAUGGCUGGAACUGAUUCUGUCAGUGGUAUCCAUUGCUCGCGAUAAUUCGAUUGAGAAGGCUGCACUCAAGGAUGAGGAAGGGAAUGAGUUCCGGAAUGAGCUCAGCAAAUCUCUACGAACCACCAUCCAACAUGUGUUCAGCUCGUUGUUGGCCAGCACCACAUCGAUACGGGAGGUUAAUGGAGGACAUGAUAUGAUGUUCCUACGCAUCUUGCGUGCAUUUCUUGCCCAGGCCGCCGAAGCGAGCCCGUCAUUGGCCGAGUUACGAAGUGUAAUCGGCUCCAUCUUUUCGGCAUAUGCUUAUGAAGAGUCGCUGCUGUCUUUGUCGAAUUCUAUGCUGGACAAAGAUGUAUUUGUGCAUCUUCAUGAAGCCACGGCUCUCCGAGUACGGGGUUGGAGACCUAGAGGUCAGGUGUGUGAGGUCUGCCGACGUCGCGCAUGGGGACCGGGGUUGGGCUUAAGGGUAUGGGAAGAAUGGCAGAAGAGGGAAGAGGCCCGGCUUGGCCGUCGCAGACGUCUACUACAGCGGCAAGACAGUUUUGAACAGGAAGACAGCGGGACCCGAAGCAAGGGUAAAGCGGCUGUCGUAGUCGGUGAGCACGACGGUGACCCAUCUGACGGAGAAGGCUCCGCACAGCUGGCGGAGAGCCAAGGAUCGAUCGUGGUCUUUUCAUGCCGACAUCUGUACCAUCAGAAAUGUUUACGGAGCGGACAAGUCGAGCAAGGUGGUGCACCGUUGGUGUGUCCGGCGUGUGUAUAGCAAAGUAGAAAGCCUGGAGAACUGACAGAAUUUUCCUCGCACUGCCACAUAUAUAUUAUUAUGUACAAGGUGAACGAGCAGAUCCAGAACCGGCACGUCUGAGACCUUGACGUGGAUGUUGUGCAGUAGUAGCAGUCCAGGAAUGUAGGACUGUGGGCAUGUCUUUCUUGUUCUCGUGCUAAUACAAUGUAUGUUCUGAUCUGAGACGGCUUGGAAGCCCC